UCAUCUCGUCAAGUAUCAUUCGUGGUUAAUCAAUUUAAGCAAAUACAUAUAAGUUCAAAGGUAUGAGCAGACGGUAUUUCACUAUUGCUGGAACGUCAAGGCUACAAUAGAUUAAUCAUAAUUUACCAGUCUAAUUUAUUACACCGCACUCGUAAAUCUUUAGUCUUGAUGUUUUUCGUAUUUACCACGUGUAAGCUAUUUCGGUAUGUAAAUUAAAUAGCAAGUCUCUUCACCUAAUACACCAGUCCGACCAGAAGCACUUUUAACUAAAACAAUCAAGUUUUCAAUUUCAAUAAAGUUUUGGAAAACACGAGCAGCGAUCGCAUUCAUAAUCACUAAGGCUAUAAGUAGAUCACAAAGUGUAUAUAGGCGAGCUCGUUUCGAGCUUUCUUACAAAACGAUAAGGAUAUUUACCCGUAUCAUUGAGAACGUUUUUUUCUUCGGCAAAACAAUUAUUGUUAUUAUUAUUAUUAGUAUUAUUUGUAUUAUUAUUAUGCGGAACCAGUCGGGUAACUGGCAGGUCGAUAUCGCGAACGUGCGUUGAUCAAAUACAAAAGAAGUCGAGAUAGUGGCAAAGACAGCAGCAACGACACAGGCAGUAGCAUGUGCCGUUGCCGGAGCAGCAGCAGAUAAGACGGCGACAUCGCAGAAUGCAAAGAUCCACGAGACGCGAAAAUUUAUAUUCAAUGUCGUAAUUUUUUUUUUUUUUUGCGCAAGUAAGGUGUAAAAAAGGCGUCACUUAUGAUAGACUUUCGCGGAUUUUCUCGAUUUAUCUGCAGCCGUAGAGUGAGAUGGCGGAGUUCGUCAAGAGAGGAAGUGUACACUUAGUGAAGCGCAGCAGUGUGCAGAUCAAGCAAUGGAAAAAAGAAGUGCGAGCCGCCGUACGAGCUCGUCAUAUCGUAGCAGCCCUAGUGGCCGUGGGCUUCGCACUAUGCGGCGCCGUCGAGACGAGCUCCUCCGUGGCUCUGCUGGCAAAUCAAGUGGACAAUCAUGCCAUCAUCGACACGUCCUGGCACUGCGACAUGCUGGUGAAUCUAUCGAGGCGAAAUCGCACCGAGGACGCGGAAUUCGGCCGGACCGAGCUGUCGCUGGAGGAGCGCGACGAGUCGAGGAUGCGCGAGGCCUUUCUCUGGGGUCAGGUCGCCGGCCCGAUUCUCGGCGGUUGCCUCGUCUGGGGUAGAACCGGACCCUCGAUGGUCUUCUCGCGGGCGGUGCUCAGUGCCUGUCUGGCCUCGCUACUGGUGCCGGCAGCCUGGCGGGGUCCGUCUCACGUCGCGCUCAGAUUACUCCAAGGACUCUGCACGGGUGCCACGAUGCCUGCAGCUCACAUGCUCGCCAUGACAUGGUUCAAAAGUACGCACAGAAGUUGGUAUUUCAGCUGCUACGCAGCUGUAAGUGUAGGUUACUGUCUUACUGGUUGGCUCGGCACGGCGGUGGUGAGAGCUUACGGAAGAGACUCGCUGUGCUACGGUCUCACGAUACUGGCAUUGUGCUGGUACUUCACUUUCGGCCGCUUCGUCAAAGACAGUCCCAAAUCUUAUCAACACGAUACCAAUGCUGCUGUCAUACCAUGGGGAAAAUUGCUGAGAUCCGUUCCAGUUUGGGCAUCGGCCGUAGCGACAAUGGGCAACCAAUGGGGUGAUGCCACCCUCGCUUUAGGCAUGACCAAAUACCUGAAACUCAUUUAUGGAUUCUCCACUGCUAACGAUUCAGUACUGACGACCUUGCCGCACAUAGGACACUUCAUGGCGGCGCUCACUUGUGGCUUACUCGUCGAUCACGUGAGAGAAUCUAAAAUCGUAUCCACGACCACGGCGAGAAAGUUGGUCGUUUACACGGCUCAUUUCAUCCCCGCUGCGCUGCUCUUCGUGGCGGGCUACGCGGGCUGCCAGGCUCUGGGUGCCGCUUGGCUGGGCAUAGCCGCCCUGCUGGUGAGCGGCACGGCUCCCGCGGGCGCCCUCGCGGCCAUCGCCGAUCUGGCGCCAGCCGAAUCGCCGGCCUGCGCCGCUGCGGCCUGCGCUCUCUGCUCCACGCUGGGCGCUGCAGGCCUGCUGGCUGCUAAUUACUUCGUCACUCAGGCGUUGCACGCAUCGAUCGCCGGCUCGUGGCGUCUGGUCUUUGGCGUUGCGUCGAUAGUCUUGCUGAUUACGGCGGCCGUUUUUCUGGCAUUGGGCAAGGGUGUACCACAGCCGUGGAUACCGUCGGUCGCUCGGCCCUGCAGCCACGACGUGAUUUACGAGCAGGACGGGCUCGAGCUCGAUUACGAGGACGUGGCCGUGCAGACUGAACCCUACGAUCUUUACGGCGCCGACGACGACGAGGAAGAUAAUCCGAAAGAUAUUGAGAAGGAGCAGAAGGAGUCUAAUUCUCUACAGACUACCGUAGCUGUUAUUAAAAAUGAGACAAACAAUUAUAUAAUUAAAGCGUAGAUAGCGGUUCGAGCUACAGCUCUUUUCGACGUGAAAUGUCAAAGCAGAGCCUUUAUGCAGUUUUUUUCUUCUUCGGAUUUCGUCAAGUACACUAUGAUAAAAUCCAAUCCUGAAUAUUCAUGUGAUUAUCUUUGAGUUUAUUAUAAAGUGCAGCUGUGUAAAAAUAUAAUUUAAGAGUUUAAGAUUUGAAAUAAAUAGGAAAAUGUCGAUGUCUAGAGAAGUCGAAACUUGUAAAUAUAUGAGAAUAAAUUUUGAUUAUGAAUGACGAA